ACUAGCCAUGGAGGUUGCCAUAUCUGCAGUUACAGGUGAACUCGUCAGCCGGUUCAUCUCCUUCCUGAUGAACAAGUACAGCUCCUCCUUGAGCCACGCACAAUCAGUGGAGGAGAAGAUGGUGGUGGACAGGUUGCAGCACCUCCUGAUGAGAGCUAGCACCAUCAUUGAGGAGGCCGACACGCGAUACAUAACCAACUCCGGGAUGCUGAUGCAGCUCAAGAUGCUCUCGGAGGCCAUGUACCGAGGACACCGCAUGCUGGACCAAUCAAGGUACCGAGCCCUCCAAGAUGGUGCAGGCUUCAGUGAGGUUAGCAGUAACGACUUAUUUAGCAGCAGCUUGUAUUCAGCCAAGCGUUCUAGAGGAGCAACUCAUAAAGCCGCGCACCUCGAGUCACAUGGUGCCUUGGAAAGCUUAGAAAUUGCUUUUGCUAACAUGAAGGAAUUUGUUGUGCUUCUGGGUGGAUGCGAGCGCAUGUCUCGUAGGCCAUAUGAUGUUUAUCUUUACACCGAUAACUUCAUGUUCGGGCGACACGCCGAGAAGCAAGAGCUCUCGAGCUUCUUGCUGCACCACAACAAUGCUCCUGGUGAUCAUGCACCGGCCAUCCUUCCGAUCAUAGGUGGCGCUGCAGUUGGGAAGAAAACUUUGGUUGCACAUGUGUGUGGCGACGAAAGAGUUCGCUCGCGCUUCUCCUCUGUUUUGCAUUUGAAUGGAGGCAACCUUAUGAGGAUACUUGACCAUGGAAAGACCAUGGAAGAGAUGAUGUUGGUAAUUAUUGAAUUCUCUUCUGAUAUAGGCCAAGAUGUCUGGGAAAAGUUCCACUCAUUUGCCACGAGAAUGCACAGAGGAAGUAAGAUCAUCAUCGUAAGUAGACAUAGAACAUUAGCCCGACUUGGAUCGGUGAAACCUAUUUUUCUAAGUGCUCUGUCUUACGACGAGUUGAGGCACCUUUUCAAGAUGCUUACAUUCGGGAGUGUAGACCCUGCAGAACAUCCAAGACUAGUACGAAUAUCAGAUGAAUUUGCCAAGGUGUUGCAAAAUAUGCAAGGUUCACUAGUCGCAAUGAAUGUGCUAGCAGAUUUGUUGAGAAGGAACCUCGAUGUUCAAUUUUGGCUUCACAUAUUGGACAAGGGGAUAAGAAUGGUCAAAAGAAACAUCUCCAUAUAUGGUGUGCACCCGAGCAUGCUUUGCCUCCAUAUAGGACAAGGUCGUCCAAUCGACAUAACAGACCUUGCUUUGCAUCCACUUAGCAUGACACCUUAUACUGCUAAUGUUUCAAUCAAGAAGGAAUCGCAAAGUGUGACAUUUGGGGACCUUAUAACAGAUCCUAGUGUUAGACCGAAAGGAGACUUCACUCUAAUUGCAUGGGAAUCAAGGAUGCGCCCUCAUCAUUCAUUUGCUAAUUUUGUUACAAGUUGUGCUGAAGAUACAAAUGAAGGUAAUAGUGCCUUACCUGGGAGGAAGCGACGAGGAGUGCCAUUCUAAUUUUUAUUUCAAAACUCGUGUAAUGUGUAACUCUUCUUGUAUUUUCUGAUACAUGAAAAAUGGAUGUGU